AUGAACAGUGCUCACAAGCGCGAGUGCCCUGCCGGCAGCUUCUGGUGCCUGGACGGCUCCCGGUGCGUCUCGUCGGCGCGCCGGUGCGACGGCACGGUGCAGUGCGGCGACGCCAGCGACGAGGCGGGCUGCGGCUGCCCCAGCCGCCUCGAGCAGGAGCGCGUCUGCGACGGCGUCGUCGACUGCCCGCACGGCGAGGACGAGCUCGGCUGCUUCGGCUGCAGUCACGACGAACUGAGCUGCGAGGAGCGCUGCGUGCCGAUGGAGCGGCGCUGCGACGGACACAGGGACUGCCCCAGCGGCGCCGACGAGACGCAGUGCCUCCUCAUAGCGGAGCCCGCCCGCUACAACCAGACGUUGAUGGUGUCGUACAACAGCGGCUUCCUGCACCGCAACUGGCGCGGCACCUGGUACCUGGUCUGCACGGCGGAGCUCGAGUGGGCCAAGCGCGCCUGCGAGGAGGAGGUGGGCGUGCUCACCAGCAAUCCUGACGUGCUGCUACUGAACCUGCCGGAGGGGGCGAGAGAGGGCGGCGAGCGGCGUCCGCUGUUCCUGGUACCGUCGUCGACGUCGCCGUCGGGCGCAGUGGUGCGCCAUCUGUGCAUGGGCGUCCACUCCGUGGCCACCUACGUCACGUGCCCGCCGCCCGCCUGCGGCUCGCGCCGGCUUGACGGCGACGGUGUGGAGAGGGAUAAGGAGGGUCCGGAGGACGAGAGCGCCUACCUGGAGGGGGAGGGGGAGGAGGAGGAGGAGGCUCGCGUGGUGGGCGGCACGCCGAGUCGGCCGCGCGCCUGGCCCUGGGCGCUGGCCGUGUACCGCGACGGCAGCUUCCACUGCGGCGCCACGCUCAUACACCCCGCCUGGGCGCUUUCCGCCGCACACUGCGUCGACAGCUACGAGCGGCACUUCUACGAGGUGCAGGCGGGCAUGCUGCGGCGCUUCUCGUUCUCGCCGCACGAGCAGACGGCGCGCGUGUCGGCGGUGGUGGUGCACCCGCGGUACGCGCGCCGCACCAUGACCAGCGACCUGUCGCUGCUGCGGCUCGAGCCCGCGCUGCGCCUCAGCCGCUGGGUGCGGCCCGCCUGCCUGCCGCGGCCGCCCGCGCCCGCCCACGCCCUCGGCCACGCCCACGCCCACGCCGCCGGCUGGCCGCUGCCCGGCACCUCCUGCACCGUCGUCGGCUGGGGCGCCACGCGCGAGCACGGGCCCGACCCGGACCACCUGCGCGAGGUGAUGGUGCCGGUGCUGGAGCGCUGCACACACGCGGAGGACGAGCGCGGCGGCGAGCUGUGCGCGGGGCUGCGGCAGGGCGGCCGCGACGCCUGCCAGGGCGACAGCGGGGGGCCGCUGCUCUGCAGGAGCCCGGAGGACCCUCGACGCUGGUACGUGGGCGGCGUCGUGAGCCACGGCGAGGGCUGCGCCAGGCCCGGAGAGCCGGGCGCCUACACCAGGGUCGCCUCCUACCUCUCCUGGAUCACCGAGAACACAGAGGACUGGCGGCUGCCGGCCACACGGCCGCUGCAGCAGUGCCCCGGGAUGACGUGCCAGCUGGGCUCGGGCACCUGCCUGCCGAUGCACCAGCGCUGCGAUCGCGUCGUCGACUGCCUGGCCGCCGAGGACGAACUGGGCUGCUCGGCAGUCAACCAGCAGGCCGUGGAACUGGCGCGUGCAGAUCUUGACAUCACAGACCUCCGCCAGCUCAAGGCGGCGCGUGCCCGAGCCAACCACACGCACUCGGCAGCUCGUGCUGCCUCCGACGGAACAACACCAUCUUUGAUCAGCGAAUACGACUGCAUUAACCACAGUGUUGCCACUACUGUUCCAUCAAAAACCAACCAGUCAAGAGAAGUCUCACAAGUAGAAAAAAUGGAUACUGAUGUUGUUUCGCAGUCUCGGAUAUCUUUCGUUUCCACAGUCUCUCCUUCCAUCACUAGUUAUUCCACAGAUGUUACAGAUGAAUCUACAUAUCUGACUGGCAGUCUCACUGAGACUACAUCUGUGAUGGAUGCCCCGAAAGUACAGGCUAUGAUGAAAGGACUAGGUGAAAAAUUCCAGUUUGACCACACUCCAGAAAAGGUUUUCUCUUAUACUGCUUCACAGAAAGAAGGGAUCACAACUGUUGGGCAUCAUUCCACAAUAAGAACAUCAAGCUCUAUUACAGUAAACAAUAUGGCUCAAAGUACAAUAGAGCCAAGUCAAACACUUGGGACUGAUGAGUCAGCAGCUAGUGUUUCAGCAUUGGAAGUAACUACUGCAAAAGUACUACAAUAUUCCGAGAGUGGAGAACUGUAUUCCAUGUCAACAGUAAGAGACCAACAGACUAGUGAGGGUCAGCCUUCAACAACUACAGCAGAUGUGUUUGCAUAUACAGAAGGGGAUCAAUCAGAGAUAAACAGAACUAUCGAAGCAAAUGAGGAAGGAAAUUUAGAUUCCACGACUGAUGUUACUGCUACAACAGAAACAUCGCCUGACAUUCUACUACUGUCAGCUUCCAAUGAUGUAACUUUGCACGAGUCAUCUUACUCAAUGAAUGGAAGUGUAACUGAAUCAGGAAUAAGCCUGUCGUAUACAGAAAACGAAAGUGGACAUUCUGCAACAUCUCAUAUACUUUCAGAUAGCCAAUUAGAAGAAACUGCUCUGCUUUCAACACCUGGCAGCCAAUUAAAAGAAACUGCGCCACGUUCAACAACUGACAGGCAACUAGAAGCAACUGUUCUGCUUUCAAUAACUGAUAGCAUAGAAUUAAUUUCCUCUGUGAACACAGGAGCAACACUGAGCUUUGACCAUACUACUUUAGGCCCGACUGUGUCUGAUUUCUCUACAACUGAAUCAAGUACACCAUUUGUAGAUGUUUCUGGCUCUGUCCCAUAUCCAGAAAGUGCAAUAACUGAGACUCCUGAAACAUAUGAGACUACUUCAAGCGAACUACCUGUCACUAGUGCACACACACAUGACAGUUCUACAGACUACACAUACCAAUGGACGACAGAUUCUCAAGAUUUCGUUUCAAAAAUGACGAUUUCAUCUUCUGAAAGCAAUACAGAAAGCACAGCAGUAAGCACAACUGACCUCCAGUCUACAAUAACAGACACUGAAAAGGCUGUAUCAUCUGACCACACUUCAUCAGAGGAUCUCUUGUCCAGUACUGAAGGUAGUGACACAGGAACUAAGUCAAGUCCAAUGCCUAGCAUAAAACCUAUAUCCUCAGAGACAUUAUUUGAAAAUUACAAUAUUACAAAUUUUAGCACAACAAAUGAAGAUUCUUAUAAUGUGUCAAGCACAUCUGACAACCAAUAUUCAGAAAUUAGUAUUCUAGAGACAUCAGAAUCAAUGACAGAAUACGAAUCUGGAGAAACAGAAGUAACAACUGAAUUGUUUUUAAAUAUGAUGGCUUACAAUGUUGUUGUUAAUGAAUCAACAGUAACCUCUGAAAUGUUUCAAGAAACAUCUACAUUAGAUAAUGAGAUGUUGCAUAUUUCUGGCUUUGCUUCCACAGACAGUUCAAAAAAUACUUGGAUGACUACAUCUGAUGUGAGCAGUUACAGUACAACUUCAGAGUUUCCAAGCACUAUCACAACAAUGUCGUUUCACAGCAAACACAUUGGUGAAAUAAUUCCAGAAACUGAACACGAACAGCAGUUUCACAACAUAUCUGCUGCAGGCAUUCGACCAGACUCUCAGCAACUCUUGCCAGAGCACAGUGACUGGAUAAUGUCAAGUACUUUCAGUAUCCCAACCACCUUUCCUGAUUCUGCUUUAUUCACAUCUGCUGUUCCAAUGGAAGACAGAAAAAUAACUGCUGAAGCUGUAUCUAAUAGUGCACUGAACAUCAGUGAAACUGAAAUGAACUUACAUCAAAGUAUACCAGUCACCAUAUCAACACCAUCAGGUCAAGAGACUGCCUCAGACAUAUGGUAUGACUCAAGUGCUGUAGCUCCUCUUUUGUCUACCACAGAUGUUUCUUAUGGCACUGGUGACCCAUAUGUCUCUACAGUUAAAAGAGAACAUGAAUCAUCUUCAGAGAGUGUAUUGUCAAACAUGACCACCAAAAUGUUGGUACUAUCAGAAAGUAGUACUGAAAUGUUCCCAGUCAGUACCACACACAUCUCUGUGGAAAGUACUCAGUCAGAGUCUGUGGAAAUUAUAGAUCAUGGUAUGCCACAUAAGAUGUUUUCUACAUCUGAAACAAAUGUGGGGACUUCUCACAUGACAAUGCCUCCUUACCUAUUAGGACAAACACAUCCACAUGAGAUGUUUGGACUGGAGCUGCCUCCAGACAUUACAACAAUCAACACAGAACUAGAAAUGGCAAAGGGACAGAUCUUUCACUGUAAGCGGCUGCAACAGAAGGUGCCUGCAUCAGCUCGAUGUGAUGGAUGGCCUCAGUGUGAAGACGCCAGUGAUGAAACAGAUUGUUCUUGCAAAGAGAGACUUCUUCACAAUCAUCCAAAGGUUCUCUGUGAUGGCUUUGUUGACUGUGAAGAUGGUAGUGAUGAGGAAGACUGUGAACUGUGCAGCACGGGUAAAUCAAUGUGUGUAAGAAGUGAAAAAUGUAUUAAUGAAACUCAAAUAUGUGACCAGCAUGUGGACUGUUACUUCAGUGAAGAUGAGAAGGAUUGCUUUGCAUUGAUCAAUGGAACUGCAGUAGAGCCUGAUUAUAAACAUCAAAUUCCACUGAACCAAGAGGGAAUACUGAGCUAUCGUAUUGGGUCAAUGUGGAGGCCUCUUUGUUCUCAUAAUGUCAGUGAUGCCUUUUCACGUGCCACUGACAUCUGUCACUAUCUUGGAUUCAGUGGCUAUGAACACUACCAGCAGGUUCCUGUUGUGGAUGCUCCUGUGGCUGUCAGUUAUUCAUCUUUACAGCACUUUGAUGUGACACCUGCAGAUUCUAUGUGCCAGGGCCUCAGAGUGCGCUGUGCGCCUUACCUUAGUUCCCCUCUCAAGGCUCUUAGUCUCCCAUCUCUGGAUCAUGAGGGCUAUGCCUGGCCUUGGCUGGCAGUUAUCUACCGCAGAGGAAAGGAGCCUCUUGCUGCUGGUGUUCUAAUUACUGAUGAAUGGGUGGUCACAGCUGCAACUCCUAAUCCCAGCCUUCUUUCAGUGGAUCAAGGCCUAGGAGUGCUAAUGGGCUGUCCAAGGCCAGAACUGAAUGUCCAGGGACCAAAUGAACAGACAAGCAUAAUUGAUUCUGUGAUUGACUUAGGCACUCAUACCAUGUUUCACAUGAGGCAGCCAGCCAAUCUUACGAAACAUGUACAUCCUCUCCAACUGCCCGACUUAUACGUGAACAGGGAGAUGAAGUACACUACUUCAGAAUCAUGUGUGCUGGUCACAGUUGACAAAAAAGGCAAAGUAUGCUCCACAUUUCUGAAGCUUCAUAGCAAAUGUGACAAAGCUAACAUACUUUGUUUCACAUGGGAGAAUGCUACAACAGCUCCAUGCCACGAUGCUGAAUGCAAUGGUGUAGUAGUGUGCCGGAUGAAUGGUAAAUGGGAACCCACAGCAAUUUUCAAUGGCACAUGCAAAUUCGAUGGACUGCUGAUGCUGCCGAUUUUGGAUUUAUUUUUCUUACGUGACAUUACUGAAAAAAGUCAGGAUUUUAAUACAAAGGCAUCGAACUGUGAUGGAGUACUCUCUCCACUGGGUUCCUGUGUACCACUCCCUAAAUUGUGUGAUGGGAAGGAAGAUUGUAGAGCUGCAUGGGAUGAAACUUCAGCAGCAUGUAGCCUGAAAGAAUCUAUCUGUAUCAAGCCACCUUGUGCUACCAGAUAUCUAGCAAAUAUAUCUGGUGCACUGCCAGAUCACUGUGUCCUGCUGUCACAGAGUUGCCAUGAAGACAAUACAUACUGCUGGCACCCUCGUUGUGGUUGCAAACCUUGGGAGUUUAGCUGCCGAUCAGGAGGUGGUUGUGUGGAAAAGGCUGCUUUUUGUGAUGGCAACUGGGAUUGCUCAGAUGGAUCUGAUGAACGAGGCUGUAGCUGCAGAGAUUUUCUGCAGCUGUCUAGGCCAUAUCAAGUAUGUGAUGGGCAUAGGAACUGCCUCGAUAAAGGAGAUGAACGAGACUGUGGAUGUGGAAACCCCAACAGUUAUCACUGUCGAAGCAAACCAAAUAUGUGUAUUCCAAAUGACCAUUUAUGUGAUGGUGAACCAGACUGUCCAAUGAUGGAUGACGAAGAAUCUUGUGUUGGCAUUCACUCCAAGGAUAAGGGUUACAAAAUCUCAGGUGGCAGAGUAUCUGUGCGUGUCUUUGGUGCGUGGCAUACACUGUGUCUGGCAAACCAUGAGCCACCCUACGAGCUGGCCAGACAACUCUGCUUACAGUUAAAUGAAGUCACAGACAAUGAGGAUGUGGAGCUCAGCAACAUAGCAUCACAACCACAGCCGACAUGUGCUUCUUUCUCUGAAGUGAGGCUUGGACGAGCAACACUAGUGUUAAGGCCAGGUCCAGGAUCACUUAUUACAUGGAACAUGGCAAGCAACUGCACAGCUGUUGACAUUAAGUGUCUAUAGUGACGUGGCCAUCCUGUAUACAAACGAAGAUGACUAUUCAUAGCUGUGAGCACUGAUGCAGCCCAUAAAAACAUUUCACCUCAUUAAUUAAUAAUCGGGCAAGUGCUACAGAACUCCUCCGUACAUCUUCAAACAGAAGUACCAAAAAAGACUGAAAUGUGUUUUACAGUAACAUUACCUGCAUCAUCAAAUUUUGCCAAUAAUGGCUGAAACCAUCUUUGAUACACAUAGUUACAUGUUCAUAUACUUUGCAUAUAAGAACUGUUCCAUAUUCAUUUUUGACCUCAUUAUGAUAAUGGGGAAAGUUAGUCAGUUUUCUGCAGUGCUUCUUAUUUAUAGCCCUACUUCUAACUGGUAGAGCAACUGCUACAUAGUAUAUAUAUCUU